AUGUAAACUUAAUAAAUGAAUUUUUUUAAAGCUGGAAACUACAAGAUGUUUGGGAGUUUAGAACACAACAAGAAAAAUGAGUGCUAGGAAAUAAUAAAUAACUAAUUGCUAGAUUACAUAUUCUUUUCCGAUUCAAUGAUUGCAGAAAAUUGCUGUAUAAAAAAAAAUAAAAUAAAUAGAUUUAUAUCAGAAAUACACUCAAUUUAAAAUGAUUAAUAUGAAUAAAUACAUAAUUUUUAUAGAGCGGAUAAUGGCUAUUUAUUGAUAUUAAAUAAGAAUACGCAUAGAAAUUUACAUAAUUAUUUGGAGUAAAAUAAGUUUCCUGCAAAUAAGGUAUGUUUUGCAAAAAUAAUAGUGUCAAUACUUUAAGGGCUGAUUAAUAUUCAUUAAAAAUCGAUUAUUUAUACAUGUAUUUCGCCAUACAACUUAAAAUUAGAUGCUAAAGAUAAAGUAAUUUUUAAAGAAAAUACCUAUGAAAGAAUAUUUUAAGAUUAUACUUCAAAUGAGUAGUAGAAGCUAUUUUUAGCUCCAGAAAUUUUAGAAAGAAAAUAAUACGGAUUUUAAGCAGAUCUUUAUAGCUUUGGGGUUUUGCUUUUUUAUAUGAUAUACAACAGACACCCUUUUUAUUUUUCUUAAAAUCUAUAAAAAAUUAAUAAAUAAGAGUUAAUUGAUAAUAUUAAAUAACAGAAAAUAAACUUUGAUUAAAAUAUUGUAGUUCCUAUAUGUUUAAUUGAUUUUAUCAAAAGACUCUUGCAUUAUGAUCCAUAAAAAAGAAUGAGCUGGUAUUAAGUUUAUAGACAUCCUUUCUUAAGACAUUAUAUAGAAUAGUUAAAUGAUUCAUAAUUUUCAAGCUCAUACAAUAUCUAAGAAGAAGAAAAUUUAAGAAAUUAAAAAGAUAAAUUACUAACUUAAUAAAAUUUAUAUUAAAAAGAAAUAUUUUAAGAAAAUAAAAUUCCAAAUAUAGAAUUAUAUUAAUAAAAUCUAUAAACCAUUUCUCUUGAAAACAAUAAAAAGCAAUAAAAUAUUAUUUAAUAGAAGAGAAAUGAAUAAUAACCUAAAUAAUAAGCAGAUAUUGCAUAAAAAAAUUUAGAUGCUAUCUUUGAUAAAGCAGAAUUUUUAAGCAAGUUUACUAAAAGCGUGAAGGAGCUCUAAAAAAAAAUCUAAAUAGACAGUACUUUUAUAGUUUAGUACAGUUUAAUAUGGUAGGCAAUUCAUAUUUUAAAUUAGAUUUAAAGCAUAAUUAGCAAACAAAAUACUGUUAAUAACUUUUAAGUUCAAUAUCUUGAUUAAUUGAUUUAAGAUGAAAAUAAAGUAUAAUCAUUUUAAAUGAAAGUUUAAGAAAAAAUAAAUAAAUUAAAUAAAAAAUAAAUAAAAAUUUUAGGAAAUAAUUAAGCAAUUAAAAAUCUGUUUCAUCCUACAACAUUUUAAACUGAAUACAAUCAAAAUUUAACAAAAUAUAUUAAUACUGUAAAGACAAGACUAGAAUAACAUUUUGAAACUGAUGAUAAGCCUAGAUUAUUUGCUCAUAUUAUGCUUGCUUUUGAGGCAUUAAAUAUUUAAAAAAAUAAUUAGCAAGAUAAGAAAUACUUCAAAGAAAUCUAUAUAAACUCAAAAAAUUAACCUCUUGACUAAUGGGAAAAAUUAAUUAAUUAAAAGCUUUAAAAUUGA